AUGUCCGAUCAAACCGACGAGACUGACUAUGAAGCGGUAGAUCCCACGGGUGACUGGGGCAAAUUACCAUACGUGGCUUUGGCGUUGAUUUUUACCUAUCUUCCCGAUCGAGACAAGUUCAACGCAAGCUUGGUUAACAGAACGUGGAGCGAGGGUUUUUCAUGGCCUGGCAACUGGCGUCAACGUGAAAUGAUUUUUUAUGGUUCCUGCGAGGAAACCGUGGCGAAGGAGAAAGCUUUCGCCGAGCGAUUCGGACCUCAGUUGCGGUUUCUCAGACUCAGGUGCUGGAGUCCUGCCCAAGGACCCGCGCUGCAGGCCUACCUUGAGAACGUUUCGGAGGUCCUGAAGGUCCUUGCGAGCAACGCCUUGCUGCGCGAGAUUCACGUAAACGAUCUGCUUUUCGAGAGUGAACGCAAGGCCGAAGGAAAGGCAAGAAUGGCCGCUAUGCUCGCGGAGUUGAUUCGAGCGCAGACCGAACUUCGCAUCCUAAACCUCCAAGACGUCGACUGCGCCUGGGAAGUUGGACUAAAGCUCGUUUCAGCCGCCGGAAAUUCAGACGCUGCCAGAAACACGCUGCACACUCUCCUCUUGUCGGGUACAUUCGAUCAGCCAGAUUCCAGGAUCACCGUAUCGUCGGACGACUACAUCGUCGCCAUGGGCAACUUCCGGAAGUUGGCGUUUCUGCGCAUCGAUUACAGGUGUCUCAGCUGCAGGCUACUUGACGUUCUCGGAACCUCUUUGGCGGACUGUUUCAGGAGGCUAGCCAUUCUUUGCUCAGAGGACGAUGGCCCCGAGCUGCCAAACCUCGAGGACGAGGCGUGGAGGACUCUAUCCUCUAGAUGUCCGUUUCUUCGGGUCGAAUUGACCAUAGAGGGAGGAAACAGGAACGCAGGGUGGAGGAGCAGCCUUCUCAAGCCAGGAAUGCCGCUGGCUGCCCUGAGCCUCGACGACGAGAUGUCGAACCAGAACCCGGAGUACUGGGACACGACGCCGACCCUGGAACUCCUUCUCAGGGAGUACCGUAACACCCUAGAGCAUCUCUCGCUGUCUCUGAGCCAACGUUCCGGCGUCGGUGUAACGGCCGAGAAAUUGACAGCUGAAAUGAUAUCACGAGCACUUCGAUUAAAGAAACUGAAGACCCUGCACCUCUCUGGUCCCAUGGAUUCAGAGGCGGUUAAAACGCUCUACAAUCUCUUGGACAAGCCGCACAGUGCUAAGAAUCUUCAACGAGUCACCUUAACCGUCUGGUGCGGAAGCGAAGAGGAGAUCGAUCAGCUCCUGAAAACCAAUCGCCUCACUGCGCAGAGCAGAGUUUCGGCAAAGACCGAAGUUCGUCUUGUACCGAUGCUGUGAUUACGGUUUUCAGAAUUUAUUUACUUUUUUCUUUUCUACUUUUUUUUCUUUAUAUGACUUUUUAUUUUGUAAGGUUUUAUUUACUGCCGGCGAACGGGUUUUCAGUAUUGAGAAUAGAGCAGCUCGACUCUUUAAUCUUUGUAACGUUAUUGACAUGCGGCUGCUGCCGGACAUUCCGGGUGUGUAGGAAAGUGAAAGUAUAACGCAAUUGUAUGAAUACAUGUUUGUAUAUUAGUCAGAUUUCGAUACGGUUUUUUCAUUUUGUACACGAGGACGAAGAACAGGUAUAAUUGUGCUAUGGUUUCAUAAUUAGUGUUAAAUGCAUGAUAUGUACGUUAUUUAACAUAUACAUAUAUUAUAAUAUACGCGAUCCGGUGAAAGCUAAGUAUACAAUACAUAUUAACGACGAUUAUUAU